GAAGAACGUUUGUACUGAUCCAACUAGUGUACGUUUGAGCAUCAAAGCGAAUCACGAUGAUUAAGCUGUUCCUCAUUACGUUGCUUUGCGUGGCGAUGUUCGCCGAUUCACAAGAAGAUCAAAUGAAUGAAAUGGGGACAGGAUUAAGGAAAGCAAGCGCUGAACAUGCUAUGAUGGGUCAAGAUAGUCCUUUAUUAAUGCAAGUAGCACAAGGAAGCGCAGGAGUAGCACAGGGAGCACGGGGAGGACGAGGGGGAGGACAGGGAGGAGGGCGAGGACAGGGAGGAGGGGGAGGACGGGGAGGACGGGGAGGACGGGGAGGGGGAGGAGACGGAAACGGUGACAACUGAAAUUAGACUCUGAUCUCUUCUGGAUACAUGUAUCGUUAUGAAAUACAGAUAAAGGUUCAGCCAGAUUCGGCUGAAGGUUAACUUUCCCUCAGCACUAUAGGCAUCAUGUGUUUUAAAUCAUAUUCGCACGGCUAAAAACCCUAAUAAUUUUCGAAUAAAGCUAAAAAGAACCUUAUAAUUUUAAAAUAAAGCUUGUCA